UCACUCCCUCCCUUCCUGGUCUCUCUCGCACAACUCCUUGUUUCUUUGAACCAAACGCAAACAAGACCGCACUCGCAUCCCAACAAGGUAGCGCACCAAAAGAAAGAAUACCCUCCUCCUUACGCCAAUCACAGUUAUAGCUCAAACAACUUUGCCAAAAUAGAGAAACAUGGCUUCAACAGCAACAGCAGUGCCUUCAACCUUGGGCUCCUCGUCAUUUUCGUCUUCUUUAAACAGGCCUGGUAGAAAGCCCAAUGUCAACAUCAAUUGCUCACUCCAAACUCCUUCCAUUCUCCAUUUCCCAAAGCAAUCCACUGCGUGCACACCAUCUACUACUAUCCCCAAUCCCACCACCAGACACCCAAAACAAAACACGCCCUCUCCUGUUGUGGUUGUGCCCCAAAAGCAACAGCAGCAAAAGCAAUGGAAUUUCUUACAAAGAACAGCAGCUAUGGCUUUAGAUGCUGUUGAAACUGCCUUGGUUUCACAUGAACGUCAGCACCCUUUGCCCAAAACAGCUGACCCCAGAGUCCAAAUCUCUGGCAACUUCGCUCCGGUACCGGAACAGCCCGUCGUUCACAAUUUACCGGUCACCGGGGAAAUCCCAGAUAGCAUUCAAGGUGUUUAUCUAAGAAACGGAGCCAAUCCACUGCACGAGCCAGUAGCUGGUCACCAUUUUUUCGAUGGUGAUGGCAUGGUUCAUGCUGUUCAAUUCAACAAGGGCUCAGUCAGCUAUUCUAGCAGAUUCACUGAGACUAAUAGGCUAGUUCAAGAACGUGACUUGGGACGUCCUUUAUUCCCAAAAGCCAUAGGUGAGCUACAUGGUCAUUCAGGCAUAGCUAGACUCUUGCUUUUUUAUGCCCGUGGAGCUUUUGGUAUUGUUGAUCCUAGCCAUGGAACUGGUGUUGCAAACGCUGGUCUUGUUUACUUUGAUGGUCACUUACUUGCAAUGUCUGAAGAUGAUUUGCCAUACCAUGUUCGUGUACUGCCCUCUGGUGACCUUAAGACAGUUGGUCGUUAUGAUUUUGAUGGUCAGCUUAAGACAACAAUGAUUGCUCAUCCAAAAGUUGAUCCAGUUUCAGGUGAAUUGUUUGCACUUAGUUAUGAUGUUGUUCAAAAGCCUUACCUCAAGUACUUCAGAUUCUCCCCGGAUGGAAAAAAGUCACCUGAUGUUGAAAUCUCACUUGAUCAACCUACUAUGAUGCAUGAUUUUGCAAUCACAGAGAGGUUUGUUGUGGUUCCUGAUCAGCAAGUUGUGUUCAAAUUGCCUGAAAUGAUUCGGGGAGGGUCUCCGGUGAUUUAUGACAAGAAUAAGAUGGCAAGGUUUGGGAUUUUGGACAAGAAUGCCACUGAUGCUUCCAAUAUGAGGUGGAUUGAAACACCUGACUGUUUCUGUUUCCAUCUUUGGAACGCUUGGGAGGAGCCUGAGACUGAUGAGGUUGUUGUGAUUGGAUCAUGUAUGACCCCACCAGACUCCAUUUUCAAUGAAUGUGAUGAGAGUUUGAAAAGUGUGUUAUCAGAAAUUAGGCUCAAUUUGAAGACUGGCAAGUCAACUCGCCGUCCAAUCAUGUCUGAAGCUGAUCAGGUCAAUUUAGAAGCUGGAAUGGUGAACCGGAACUUGCUCGGUCGAAAGACCCGGUUCGCUUACUUAGCACUUGCUGAGCCAUGGCCUAAGGUUUCAGGUUUUGCUAAGGUAGACCUCUCAACUGGGGAGGUACACAAGCACACUUACGGAGACCAGAAAUUUGGCGGAGAGCCCUUGUUUCUUCCACGAGACCCCAAUUCGGAGAGGGAAGAUGACGGGUACAUUUUAGCUUUCGUGCAUGAUGAGAAGGAGUGGAAAUCGGAGCUACAAAUUGUGAAUGCAAUGAAUUUAAAGUUAGAAGCCACAGUUAAGAUUCCAUCUAGAGUUCCAUAUGGUUUUCAUGGCACAUUUAUUGGUGCCAAGGAUUUGGAGAAGCAGGCCUAGCUGGGAUGGUAUAGCCUGGUGUCCUGUAUCUAGUUUUUUUGUUGGCAGAUUAGAGAGAGGAGAUUUUUCCAGAGGGAUGCUUGCAGAUACGUCCCCGGAAUCUCCUUCUCUAUACAGUAUCAUCAACAACCCUGUUGCUGGGUUAUGUUUCAGCUUUUUUUCUUUGGUUAUUUUAGAGUGAGAGGUUUUGAGGGACCAGCUUGUAGCUUUUGGGUGUAGGUAGAUGCGGAGCUCAGCUGGUCGUCUUCUUAUUCUUUCACUCUAUUAUGUACAUGAAAAGAAAAAAAAGGAGAGGUAUUGUGUAUUUAAAACAGCAUAUGUAUCGAAUCUCCUUCCCCCUGUUAAUGUAGAUCUCUGUUCUCUCUGUUUCA